CACAGAUUGGACAAGGUCUGGUGCUCCUCCUCCUGACAUAUCUGCAUGGUCAAAAGUGUUGCCCCUUUGGAUGUCAGACAUGUAACAUAGACAUCAGCAGAUUAACAGACCAAGGGCAGCUGUGUUUAAAAACUGACUAAGAAGAAGUCCAGCAUGCGUCUUCUGUCCCAGCAUGGUUUAACAGGUCGGUGUGCAUUUUUCUGUUGUUGACUUCCAUUUUAGACUAAAUUCAGAGCCUCGAAAAAAGCCGUGGAAUAAGUAACACAGGCUCAAUCAGUUUUUAUUUCUUCUGGCAUGAGUGCACCAUGUUUUAUGUGUCUCCAAAGCAUAUGGAGAUUGAUGUGUGUUGAUAAUUAUGAAUAAUUCUCUGUUUGGGCUCAUCCGUCUCCGUUGAGUUCAUAUUUUUCAUGAAAAUUGAAAUUGUACCUGAAUAUAGUGAUAAUAGGAAUCCUUUGUUAAUUGUUCAGAAAUGCUCCUUGAAAAGUUUAUUCUAAACUAAUUUGAGGGGCUGUGAUCACAAUAGAGCUUUUCUUUCUCAGUACUAAAUUCCUGACACUGAUAUUGGCUUUUUCACCACACUGUGGGCCCUAAUAUCUAUUACUAGUGUUGUGUGAAGUUUGUAUAUAACAGGUGUAAAAUGUAAGCCCUUAAUACUAGUGUGUGUGUCUGUCCAUGUGCAUACUUUCCACCCAUUAGUGGAAAAUGAAAGAACUCUCUCAAUGCAUGUGGCCUUAUGAGAUGUAAGCUUUUUUACACAUAUUUAAGUAAAUAGAGGAUUUUUUCAGGAAUACAGAAACAGGUAAUGACAAAUUUGUCAUGAAAAUGUUUCUAAUAAUAAUACCUUCAAUAUUUCCUGCAUUAUACCAGUAAUAUUGAAAUACUUUGGGCAAAAAGUCUGCAAUCAUUCAGCUCUGCACCACCUCACCGGCUCUCUAAAAAUUUCUAUUGUUCCACACACACAAGAGCAGAUGAACCAGCAGCUAAUCCAGCCUCCUCUCUCAAUGCACACAGAGAACAGACAAUAUCAGCCACAUUAGAGUGCUUGAUUUGAGUAGCAAGAUCGCUCUGGACAGGCCUUGGCCAUACUUCCUUAUUUUAUAAACAAGGUUUAAGGGAUGAACCUAGUCUGGUUCUAAAGACACAACUAGAAACAAGUUUUCUCUACUUUAUGAUGCGUCACAGGGUGUGAGUUCUGAGUUGUGUAGCUGAACACUGAAUCCUUUUUUAAACUUGUGGAUUGAAUGUUUUGUAGAGAACUCAAAUUUGAGGUAUUGUCGCAAAAAGUUUACUUUCAUACAGUUUUAUAAACUUAUUGAUUGAAAGCAAAAGUUCCUCAUCUCCAGAAACACCCACUUUCCUUUUACUUGCUAGAGAUCAAUUUGUGAACUGUCUUCACUUCUGUGUAAAUAAACAUUAAGAUACUACAUUACCUUAGAAGAAAAUCAGAGUGUUUGAGGGAUGACUUUUUUAAUAGUGCUAACAUUUGAGGGAUCAAAACACAAUAUUGGAAACACUGACUGUAUACUAAGAUGGACAGUAAGCCUCUAUUUACUGCAGCAUGAGAUAAAGCCAAAGUAGAUGGAGCAGAAGGAGCCAAGACUGAUUUCUGCAUCAGUGUUUGUCACAUUUAUUCUCCCCUCAUCUCUGUUAAUCCAGACAAGAGGUAUAUUUGUCAACAGGGCAGUCCUUCAGUCAUCAUUUUGAGAUCAAAUUAAAACUCAACUCCUCAAAAACUGAACUUUUGUGGAUUACACACGCAAAAAUUAACUUCUCCUUCACAGCAUGUUUAUAGGUAACAAGGUCAAUGGGGCACUCUAAAAGUUUUGGUUUCACUUUGGGUAGCCGUUGUGUGGUCCGUUUGUUGAAUAGUUGGGUCAUACAAGUCUGGACUGUAUCUUUGCUCAAGCAUGUAAUCGGUGUGUGUAAAUGAUGCUUUUCCUUUGGUUUCUUCUUGUAGCUCAGUGGAGCACAAGCUGCUGCCUGGUCUGUGUGUUCAUCAUGAUCUCCAGCUGCCAACCAGUGGCCCCUAUCCACACCCCUCCAGGGCCAGCAGGUUACCGCUCUGCUUUCUCUGCUACACGGACCAACAGCAUGGUUGGAGGAAAGCAGAAGGCAGUCACCUUUAACAGGCAAACAGUCAAUAUCGGCGGGGACUUCAAUCCAGACACUGGCCACUUCCGAUGUCGCAUCCCAGGGGCUUAUUACUUUUCUUUCUCUGUGGGGAAAUUUCCGAAGAAAAUGCUCUCUGUGAUUCUGGUGAAGAACGGAGAGGAAGUGCAGGCCAUAGCAUAUGAUGACUACCGAAAGAAAGGGAGGAAAGUUCAGAGUCAGAGCGUCAUGAUCAGUUUGAAGCAAAUGGACACAGUGUGGCUGCUCUUACAGCAGAAUCCGCAGUAUGCUUUGUACAGCAAUGCUGGCCCGUACAUCACCUUCUCUGGUUACCUUGUCUACCCAGAUGUCACCUCCAGCUACAUCAGCAACCAUCUGUCCUCACCAGGGUUCUCCUACCCAAACUGCCCACCUCAGGCUGAUCCAUGGGCCAAAGGUCAAAGUUCGGACCAGCCACGGUCUGCCUUCUCUGUUGCACGGACAUCCACUCUCAUGGGUCAGAGCAGCCGGCAUCAGGACAAGCCACCACUAAGCUUUGAUGUGGAAUAUGUCAACAUUGGGGGACAUUUUAACAAAACCUCAGGCUUGUUCACCUGCUACAUCCCAGGCACAUACUUCUUCGCCUUCACAGUGGGGAAACACCCUCGCAAGGCUGUGUCUGUGAAGCUGAUGACCGGGAAAGGCGAGGUGCAGGCCAUGGUGUUCGAUGAGGACACUUCAAAGAGACGGGAGAUGCAGAGUCAGAGCCUAUUGCUGUCUCUCCGCAAAGGCGAGAGUGUGUGGCUAUACAGUCAGCAGGAUGAGCGCUAUGCUGUUUACAGCAACCAGGGCAGGUACACAACCUUCUCUGGGUUUCUGGUUUACCCAGAAAUGGAGACCGUCACACCUCCCACCCCGCAGUACAGAACUCACUACUAAACCUUUCACCCUUCAGUCCAUGGUGUCCUCUUUUUUUCUUUUUUUUCUUACAAAGUAGUUGAGAAAGAUAAGACUGUGUUUUUGUAGAGUUUCUGUAGGUUUUGUCUUCGUAGUGCAGCAGAAAAUGUCCUGUACUUUUUUAUCUGUUUCUUUAAAAUAACAGUAAAGAAAACAUCUGCCACCAUGUUUAUCCACAAGGUGGUGCUAGAUCACCAUUUAAAUGCUUCACAAAAUACAACGAGGUUAUUGUUCUGUAAAUGCAUUUAGCCGCAAGACAUUGCAAGCAACUUAUUGAUUUAGUAAUUAAGUGAGUGUUGGUCUUUAAUUGACUUUUCAUAAUUUUUGUAUACAAGUUUAAAAUACUGACAUUUUAACCACUAAAUACCAGUGCUUAUAAGGAUAACGAUGUAAAUGAUGUAUAGUUUAUUAACAUGAACUUACUGUAAAAAUAAGAUUUAGAGAUGCAGCAUAGUCAUGUCAGAGCUUAACAUCUUGUUGUAUUAAACUUGAAUGUUGUGGAUAAAGUUAUCUUUAUCCACAACAUAUUUUUGUAUCUUAAUUGUCAUUUUAGGAAGGUAAUAAAUGAAUUUAUACACUGUA